AUGGGCUCGAAGAGGCCUAGGCAGGUGUUGAUAACAGGGUGCGGGAGGAAGGGUCCGGCCGUGUUUGCACCUAGGGGGCAAGCUGAGACUGCAGCUGCGACGAGCCAACACCGAGCGGAGAAGAUCACUGUCACCCUCGAUGCCGACCUGCUGCAGUGCUGUGUUUGUUCCGGUCCAUUGACCACGCCCCUUUUUCAGUGCACCAAAGGCCACAUCUCAUGUUCAGAUUGCUGCACGGACGUGGCGCUGGAUGACGAGUCCGAGUGCCUGAUGUGCCGCGAGCCGGAGACGGCCACCCGCUGCCGCGCCAUGGAGCGCGUCCUCGCCGGCCUGUCCGUGCCGUGCGCGUUCCGGCAGCACGGGUGCGCCGAGAUGAUCCCCUACGGGGGCAAGCAAGCCCACGAGGCGUCCUGCCGCUACGCCCCCUGCCACUGCCCCAUCCCCGGCUGCGCUGGCUACGCCGGCAAGUCCCUGGCCGUCCACGUCGGGGUCGACCACCCUGACGUGCACCGCACCCGCGUCAGGCCGGACUGCCUUACGCCGCUGAGGAUGCGCGCGUUCGAGCAGGCCCGCGUGGUGCUGCUCGGCCACGGCUGCGCGGAGUUCCUGCUCGUCGUCGGCAUGGACGUGCCGUCGGGCCGCUCGCUGUCCUUAGUGGGGCUCAUGGACGAGCAGUUUGAUGAGUUCAAGUACAGGAUCGAGGUGGUCGGCAAGGACGGCGUGCUCGCGCUGUUCGGUCAGGCCGCGCGCGUGGAUCGGCUGGCCAGGCCGUACCAUGCCAGCGCCUUCCUGUUCGUCCCGAACGCCAUCUGGGACUCUUAUCCGGAGGACAUCCCCGUGUUCAUCCACCUGAAGUGA